AUGAGCCCUAUCAAUGAGAAGUUGGUUCCAUCUGCGGACAAAGUAUCCUACGAGCAUGCUCAAGUCAUCGUCGUUGGUGCUGGUCCAGUGGGCUUGCUUCUCGCCCUAAAGUUGGCACAGGCAGGUAUUGAUGUUCUCAUUCUUGAAGCUGAGAAGCAAGUGCUACAAAGUCCUCGUGCGACUACUUACAUGCCAAUUGUAUUGACUGAACUGGAGAAAGUCGGCUUGUUCGAGGACAUCGAAAAAGCCGGGCACAAGAAUUAUGAGGGGAUCAGAUUUCGCAAGUCCCACGCCAAAGGUGGUGAGGUGCUGGCUCAAUUGAAAAUGGCCCAAGUACCCAAGGGAGCAGUGAAGUACAACUUUGCUGGGAUCCAUCUCGGGCAACAUACCCUGGCCGAAAUCAUUCUUUCCCACUGUGAACGAGAAAAGGUGCGGAUUCGGUGGAGUAAUCGAUUUGCAGGCGCCAAACAGUCCGGAGAACAGGAUCCUGUUACUGUCACCUGCGUGGGACCCGUGGGCGAGAACUUUUUUACUUGUGAUUACCUCGUCGCCGCUGACGGUGCUGGGAGCUCU